AGGAAGACUGAAGGCCAGUGAGAGCAGCUGCACUCAACAGGAGAGGAAAGACGUGGAAGUCCAGCUCUACUCUACGGUCAGAACAAAGGAAAACAGCAAAGGCAAAGGGAUGAGCAAGAAUCAGAAAGAAGCAAAGAAAAUACAGUCAGUUUAUCUGCAAAACUUGGAAAAACUAAACAAAGGUGUGAAAACAGACAAAAAGAAUUGGAAACCUGAUGAAGAAGACUUUCCUGUGAAAACAGCGAUGGAAAAGCUGCGAAAGCCUUCUAUAGCUGGACAGGUUGCCAAAAGCUCAGCUCACAGAAUCAGCAGAGAUCUGACUUGUUCAAUCUGUUUGGAUCUUUUCAAGAAGCCUGUGUCUUUGCCCUGUGAUCACACUUUUUGCCAAGGUUGUAUUGAGGGUUACUGGGCAGGACCCAGAGGUCCCGUCCAGGGAGGCACAGGAUCCUGCCCUCAGUGCAGGAAGGUGUACCCAGGACAGAGCUACAGGCCUAACCGCAUCGUUGCCAACAUCGUGGAGAGUUACUGUGAGGGUCUGGAGGAGAGUCGGACUGGAGCCGGCCUGCCAGAGAGUGCCCCCGUUGGCGUGGCAGAGAGGGCUCCUGCACCGGCCCCACGCUGCAGCAGACACAGGGAAGAGCUGAAGCUGUACUGCGAGGAGGACCAGGAGCUCGUGUGUCUGGUGUGUGGUCUAUCCCAAGAGCACAGAAACCAUACUAUGGUGUGUGUUCAAGAAGCUGAACAGAAGUACAGGGCUUCUCUUAACAGCUCAAUGGAUUCCUUAAAAGCUGAACUCAACACAGCUCUCCAGUACGACAGGGAAGCUGAAGAAGAAGUUAGGAAGCUCAAGGAGCACACUGCUGACCUGAAGCAACGCAUCGAAGCCCAGUUCAGCGACCUGCACCAGUUCCUGUACCAGGAGGAAAAGCUGCUGCAGGUGAAGCUGAAGACCGAGGAGCGAAGAGAACUGAUCCGCCUGGAUGAGCAUAAGGCCCUGCUGUGUGUGGAGAUCUCUCGUCUGCAGAGGGCCGUUCAUGAGAUCGAGGACAAGCUGAAAGAGCAGAACCCCUUCACUCUGCUCCGGAGCAUCAAAGUCUUGCUCCAGAGGCCUUCGCUGAAGUUUGAGAAACCUGUGUUUACACCACCCAGCCUGUGUGAGGGCCGCUUUGCAGGGCCUCUGCAGUACAGGGUGUGGAAAUCCAUGAAGGGAAGCAUUUAUCCAGUUCCAGCUGCCAUCACAUUCAAUUCCAGUACAGCCAACCCUUGGCUCAGCCUGACCUCGUCUCUCACGUGCGUUCGCUACCAGACCUUCAACCAUACUGUGCAGGACAACCCCAACAGGUUCAAUGCUGCCCUGUCGCUUCUCGGAAGUCAGGGCUUCACCCACGGACGCCACUACUGGGAGAUUGAAGUCUACAGCAGCACCGUUUGGACCGUCGGGGUGGCCCGGGAGUCAGUGCCCAGAAAGGGAGUCAUAAAAGCCCUCCCUGCCAACGGUUUCUGGACUCUCUCCCUCUCUUAUGGAGUUCAGUACAUGGCGGGGACGUCCCCUCCAACUGUCCUGUCCCUGGAGGAGCCGCUGGCCAGGAUUGGCGUGUAUCUGGACUACAAGAGGGGCCUGGUGUCCUUUUACAAUGCAGAGAGCAUGACGCACCUCUACACCUUCAGAGAGACCUUCACAGAGGCUCUGUACCCUUACUUCAACUUGGGCUUCUUAGAUAAAGUGCAUGAAAAUGAGCCUCUAAAAGUUUUCCUGCCAAAGAUUUGAAAGCUUUAAAAAGGGGAAGAGGGAAGUAAACAAUUACCAAAUUUUAUCAAACAAGUUCACCAUUUAUACCAGGGGUAUUCAAGUAGAUUCGGCCGGGGGCCACAUCUGCAAAAGGACUGUAUGGAGAGGGCCGCACAAUUUGAAAAUGUGGGGGUUUUCAAAAUGUAUUUUGCACUCAAAGACGAAGACUUAUGUAAAUAUAAUACAUUUGUAUUAUACAUUUGAAUAUAUCUAGUUUACAUAUGAAUUAUGUAUUAAUUGUCUCCAGAUUUAGUAAUUGUGAAUGUUAAAUAUAAUAUUCAGAUAAAGAAAUAUUAUUUUGAAUGCAAGUUCAUUUUGAAACCAUGCAUUGUGCAAACUUAAUGAAGUUGAUAUUGACCUACUUUUAAUAAAACACGCCAUAAUGACAAAGCACCACUUUCCACCAAGAUUUCCUUAUUUGAAUAUUAUAUUAAGCAUUGAGCACAACCAUUUUAGUCCAUAGUAGCCAGUUAUAAAAAUAUUAUUAAAAAAAAAAAAUAUGUCAACAAACACCCCCUUUUUUGAAAUAUGACCAGGGGCCACAUAAAAGCUCCUGGCGGGCCGCAUGUGGCCCGCGGUCCGCCAAUUGAAUAUCCCUGAUUUAUACCAUCUAUUGUACAGAAUUGUAGCUGAAAAAAAAUGGUAAAACACAUUCAGCACUAGAUUUAUGCCUCCAGUGGAUAUUAUGUACAUUAAGUAGCAUUUCUUGUGUAACACAUGCACAAGUUUGCACACUUAUAUUUCUCUUAAAAGGAGCUGUGCUUCAGUGAUAAAUGUGACACCACGGUUAACUGAUUGACUGACUACAAAAGGUUUACAGGCUUUAAUAGAUGAUGAAAUCUUGCUUGUUUGUUUUUAAAUACAUACUAUCUAUAAUUUCCCCUAAGCACAUUUUAUUGACUUUCUGUUUGAAAUGCUUCCUGUCCUUUCUAAGGCUGCUCUCUCAAAAUACCUGAGAGCAACGAUGGUAUAGUGAAUAUAAUUUUCUGCCAUCUAUAUUUUGUUUAUAAUGAUCAUAUGGAAUUGUAAUUUAAUGAUGUGGUGCUUCUGAGAACCACAGAGGAGGAUUUCUAUGAUUUAUUUCUUUUGUUUGUUUGUUCAUUUGUUAAAGGAUCUCUUAUGUUUUUCAUACAAAUGACUACAAGUCCAAACAUCCUUGUGUUUCCCAUGAUGGAUUAAAGUGACUGUAAAGUCGACUUAAGAUGUCACUGAUGCAUCUGAAGUGACAUUUAUUUUGACAUGGAAUUGCGAUAUGUGGGUUGAGCAGGUGGACUAGCAGGAGGCUAUCACCCUUGUCCAGGUGGCGUAGGUUUGAAUCCCGGCUUACAGCUCUGCGUGUAAAACUUGCACAUUAAUGAAUUGGUAUAAAUACCUUGUAAGUCUUUGAACAAAUCUUUAGUGUAGUUCAAAAUAAAUAUGAGCAUGAAAUAUCCUAUGUGGACAAUUGACUGAAAAUUCUAGUAAUUUUACAAACACUGAAUGAUUAUGAAAUGGCAGCAGUCACAUACUAUAAUUUACAUAUAAAAAUCAACUAUUUCUUCCCUUCAUUAAUAGUAAUUGGCCUAUGGACAAAAGAAAUGCUUGGAACUAUGGGAAAAAUCUGUAGCAGUCUAGAAAUAAUGAAAGUGACAAGUCAGCUUUGCAUUUGGCGGCAGUUUGACAAUGACACAGUCCUAAACUGUAACACACAUGGCAACAAAACACCUCUCCGUCUGUGAUUCUGUGGGUUUAAAGGCUGGUAAGGAGAUUUUUGUUUAUGAAGCAUUUUCCUGUUUUACCUGAAAUUAUCUUUACAUGACGAUUGCAAACAAUGAAUUAAAUGCUGUCAUGUCACGAUUUUUAAUUUGAAAUUUUUUUUUGACAUGACAGCAUUUAAUUCAUUGCUUUAUAGUUGUGAAAUAGUUUGUUGCAAAUGUGACCCAUGUGAAAUAUACAUCAUACUACUACAUUUGGAAGUAGUGGACAUAGCCAUAAAGAUUUCACUGGUUGGUUUAGCAUUUUAAUGUCUUCAUUUGGCAUUUUAUUUUAUUUUAUUGGACAAGAAGCCUCAGUCGGGGACAGACCCUUGAAACCUGACUGGUCCACCUGAAACCUAAUUACGGUACUUGUGAAAUUACUUUCAGAAAGAUAACCACAUAUUCAUCAAAACAAGCAAAUUUAACAAAUGAGACCUUACUGAAAGACUCUUUUCUCUCUUUUUUACACAGUUGGCCUCAAUAUAAUGUGUGUGGCAUGUUUAGGUCCAAACGCAACAGAGUACAGAACCACAGCUUUCCUCUCAACUCUCUUAGCAGAUCGCGUGAGCCACUUGACACCACAUUGUCCUAUUCUGUGGGGUGUGCCUUAUUUAAGCUCUGUUCUACAGCUGUGGACCUUAAAGUAAACAUAUUUUGGAAGUAAAGAAAUAAAAUACAAGUUAAAAAGUAUG